AUGAUAAAACCAGCAAGAAAUCCUCAAAAAAUCAACUAGAGAUUAAAUUACAUAAAAUUAAAUAGUACAAAUAAAUCUUUUAUAAAUGCAAGCGAAAUUAUUAACAAUAAAUAAGAAAAUCAAAACAAAAGUAAAUUAAUUAUAAUAAAAAAUGAAGCUUAAAAUAAGUGUACUAAAUAAGAAUUUUAAGUAAAAGAAUCUUUAAAAAUAUAUGACUGCUGGGAAGAUGAUUAAACCCCUGAAUAUUGGUUUAAUUUUUAUAAAAAUAAAAAAGGGCCUCAUGGCAUAUGUCCAUAGUACAUAAACUAUUAGUAAUAAUAUAUUAUAAAAUAUAUAAAAACAAAUUAAAUACAUAAUAAAUAAAGAUUUUAAAUGACUAAUAUACAAAUUCUUGAUUAUAAUCCUAUAAAGGAGAAGUUUCUAGUAAAAAUAAUGGAUACAGGAUUUGAAAAAUGGGUAAUUAGACUUUCUAUACUUUUUAAUGAGGAAAAUAAAGAGAAAUAUUUUGAGAGAAUAAAUUUGGCAAAAGAAAGAAAGAAGCAAAUUAGAGAUGACAAAAGAUUUUUGGAAUAUUUGGAUGGAAUAUAAGAAAAUAUAUAAAUAUAAGAUAAAUGGAAAAAAGAAAUAUUAAAUUUAGUAUUUAAAAAAGGAGUUGAUUUUAAAGAAGAAAUAAAAGAAAUUAAAAAUGUUAGUUUACUACCUGAACUUUUAAGGGAAGUGGAAAAAGAAUAUGUGCGUUUUAUUAAAAAAGGAAUUGUUUUAAGAGAAAUCUAGGACCCUUAAAAUUUAUAGAAAUGGAAAGAUGCGAAAAUUUAAAAUAGAAAUUUUUAAAAAAUAAUUCCUUUAAUUGGAACUGUUUAAAUUUUAGAUUAUAAUUUUGAAUAAAUUUAGUAAAUUUUUUAUUUUUUUAUUUUUUUAUUUUUAAAAAAAAGGAAAGACUUAAAUAUAAUUCAUUAUUCUAAAAAUAAAAAUAUUGUAAAAACUUUACAUAUGAUUUUUUCGAAAUGCCAAGAGUUUGAAGACUUUAGGCUUUUUAAUACAAAUUAAAUAAAAGAUAUUCCGCUUUUAUUAGAUUAAUUUUAAGAAUAAUAAUAUAAUUUUCAUUUAAAAUAGUCAAGUAUUCUAAGAAUAAAAUGGAAAGAAUAUAUUAUUUCUGAAAUUUAAGAUCUUUUAAGGUAAUGUUUUAGGUUUUAUGUAACUGAUAAAAAUUCUUAUAUGGAAAGUGAACUUAAUUUAUUUUUGAAAAGAAUUAAUUUAAUUUUUAAUUAUCAUAUAUAGGAAAAUAUUGUAUAUAAAAAUGUGAAUAAUUAUUUAAAUUUUUUAAGAAUGUUCACUAUUCCAUAAAAUAAUGACCUUUGGAAUAUUAGCAAAAAUCCUCUUAUUAUUAUUUAUUUAAAAUCUAAAUCAAAUCAUAACAAAUCAAUUGAAAAAAAUAAAAAAAAAUAUCAGAAAAGUAAAACUAACGGGAAUUCAAAACCUAAUAUUGAUUAAAUUUUAGAUGUCUUAAAUGAGCCGUUUGAUUAUUUAAUUAAUACUGUCAAUAUGUUUAAGUGUUUAGAAAGUUAUUUAAUCCCAUUAAUUGAUUUGAAUAAAAAUGUCCCUAUUUAUUAAAUUGGAAAUUAUUUAGAUAUAAUAGUUAAGGCUAAAGAAAAAAUACAUGAAUAUGUUUAAAUCGGAUAUGAAGAUCCUUUAUAAAUUUUAAAUAAAUUUAAUUAAUUUACAUUUUUAAUGAAUAAAACAAUUAAUAAAGUAGUAAGAACUCUUUUUGGAGAUAUUAAAGAGAAUAGUUUCGUUUAUAAUUUAAAUAAAAGCGAAAUCGAAAGUAAAUUGUAAGAAAUUCGUGCGGCUAAAAUGAGUAUUUAGAUGGUUUGUAUUGAUGUUAAAAACGGGUUUUUUUUCUAAAUUAAUAUUGAAUAAACUAAAUAAAUGUUAGUUUAAAGAUCUGAUGAUUUAAUUAAAGCUAUUUUAGAUAAAUUGAAAGAUAUUAUAUUGAUAAAUGUUAAUAGAAUUGAUAAUGAAUAUAACAUAAUAUUAUAAUAAAUUGUAAAAGAUCCUUAAAAUGAGGAGGAGUUAAUUUAAUUAAAAAAUAUUUUGGAUGAAAUUGAUUUAAAUUUAGCAAAAAUGUAAGAAUAAGUUAGUUGUGUAUAAGAAUAUUUGGAUAUUUUAUAAUAAUAUUAAUACUAUAUUGACGAAUAAAUUAUUUAAUAAUUUUGGCUAUUAAAAACUUAUUCUUUUGAUAUAAAAAAAAAAGUAAUAGAGGGAAUAAAAAAUGCAUAAAAUAAAGAAGAUAUAUUAAUAAAUAAAUUAUAAUAGGAAAAGGAAUAAUUUGAAUAAGAACUUGAAUAAAUUAAAGAAAAAUUAGAAAUGAUAAAGCUAUUAAGCAACUAUAAAAAUGUAAAAGAAAAUAUAAGCGAAGUUUAUCAAUUAAAUGAUAAAAUAAAGCAUGCUUUCGACAAAAAUAAAAAAAUAAUUAAAAGAGAAAUUAUGUUAAAAUAAAAUGUAUCUAAUUAUUAAAAUAUAGAAAAUACUUAUUUAGAAUUUUUGCCAUAUUAAAAAUUAUGGGAAUAUUGUAUAGGAUUUGAAAUGGAUCUAUAAGAUUGGACAUAAAGUCCUAUUAUAUUUAAAAAUUUUAACUUAAUUGAAAAAAAGGUUAAUUAAAUAUUUUAUAAAGGAUCUAUAAAUUUAUGUAAGACUUUUAUUGAUUUAUAGAAUGAUUUAGCUUUAAAUGUAUCUUUAGAAUUUAAAAAAGAAAUAGAAAAUUUCCGAGAUAAAAUGUGGAUUAUAGAAUAUUUAUCUAAUGAAGCUAUGAGUAAUUUAAAGAAAUCCCAAUCUCAUUGGAAGGAAAUAUUUGCAUAUGCAAAUAUAACAGACAUAGAACCUAUUGAAAGAUUGAAUUUAAAAGUUUUAAUAGAUAAAGGAUUAGGUAAUUAUAAAGAACAUAUCUAAGAAAUAUCCAUAAAAGCUAAUAAAUAAUGGAAAAUUGAACGAAAAUUAAAAGAAAUGGAAGAUAAAGUAAAAGUAGUAAAAAUAGAAAUCAUUAGAUAUAAAAAAACUGGGACUUUUAUACUUAAAGGUGUUUAAUAAAUAUAAUAAUUUUUUGAUGAUUAAUUAAAUAAUUUAAUUAUGAUGAAAGCUUCUCCUUAUAUAAAACCUAUUCUAAAAUAUGCAUAAAGUUUAGAACAUAAAAUUAUUGUUUUUUAAGAUACAUUAGAAUAAUGGAAUAAAUGUUAAAGAGGGUGGAUGUAUUUAGAACCUAUUUUUACAUCUGAAGAUAUUAUUAAAAAAAUGGAAAAAGAAAAGAAGAAAUUUGAUAAAAUAGAUAAUUUUUGGAAGGUAACUAUGAAUUAAUUCAGUCAAGAUCCGAAUAUUUGGGAAUACUUAGAAUUUGAGAAAAUUAAAUAAGAAUUUUUAAUUUUUAAUAAAAGCAUUGAUUAAAUUUAAAAAAGCCUAAGUGAUUAUUUAGAAUCUAAAAGAAAAGAAUUCCCAAGGUUUUAUUUUUUGUCAGAUGAAGAAUUGUUAGAAAUACUCGCGGAUACUAAAGAUCCUAUGAAAGUUCAAAAGCAUAUAAAUAAAUGCUUUGAAGCAGUUAGUAUGCUUGAUUUCUAUUCUCAAAAUGAAGUAAAUAAUUUUUUUAUUUUUAUUUUUUUGUAAAAAAAAUAUCAGGUUGGAGGACUUAUUUCAAGUGAAAAAGAGAAUAUAAAAUUAUUAAAAAAAAUAGACGUAAAUAAAGGAAAAAUGAAAGAAAAAUGCAUGAAAAAAACACUAAUGUAAAUAACAAAAGAUUGUAUGAAAGAUAAUUAAUCUGAAAGAAUAUAAUGGAUAAAUAAAUGGCCUUCUUAAAUAGUAUUAGCAGUUAAUAUGUUAAAUUGGACAUAUUAUUCUGAAUAAGCAAUAAAUAAUAAUAAUAUAUAAUUAUUUAAUUUAGAAUUCAAUACUUUAAAACAAUAUUUAGAUUUUCUAGAAAAAUAAUUUUAAGAAAUUGUAAAUCUAGUUAGGCAAGAUUUAUCUCCUUUAGUAAGACUUACUUUAGGUGCUUUGAUUGUAUUAGAUGUACAUGCAAAGGAUGUAAUUUAAGAAUUAGAAGAAUAAGGAUGUUAUAAUUUGACAGACUUUAUUUGGACAUCAUAAUUAAGAUAUUAUUGGGAAGAUUCAAAUAAUGAAUAAUAUUUGUUAGUUAAAAUGAUAAAUGCAUAAUUAAAAUAUGGAUUCGAAUAUUAAGGAAACUCCAAUAGAUUAGUAAUAACUCCUUUAACAGAUAGAUGUUAUAGAACUUUAAUGGGAGCAUUUCAUUUAUAAUACGGAUGUGCACCUGAAGGACCUGCAGGUACAGGUAAAACGGAAACUGUGAAAGAUUUAUCUAAAGCGGUUGGAGUUUAAAUAGUUAUUUUUAAUUGCUCAGAUGGACUAAAUUACCUUGCAAUGAGGAAAUUUUUCAAAGGAAUAGCUUCUUCAGGUGCUUGGUGUUGUUUCGAUGAAUUUAAUAAAAUUAAUUUAGAAGUAAUUUCUGUUAUUGCUUAAUAGGUUUUAUCUAUUUAGAGUGCUAUUAAAGAAAAAAGAAAGGAUUUUAUGUUUGAUGGAGAGUCUAUUUAAUUAGUGUUGUCUUGUGCUAUUAAUAUUACUAUGAAUCCAGGGUAUGAGGGAAGAUCGAAACUUCCUGAUAAUUUAAAAGCUCUUUUUAGACCAUGUGCUAUGAUGGUGCCUGAUUAUGCCUUGAUUUCUGAAAUUUAUUUAUAUUCAGUAGGAUUUUAGGAUGCUAGGAAUUUGGCUAGAAAAAUUGUGACUUCUUUAAGACUUAGUUCAGAAUAAUUAAGCACUUAAGAUCAUUAUGAUUUCGGUAUGAGAGCUCUUAAAGCUAUUUUAACAGUUGCUGGUAAUUUAAAAAGAGUUUCAAAAGAUAAAGAAGAUAUUAUUUGUUUGAGAGCUUUAAUGGAUGUUAAUAUACCAAAGUUUACACUCAAUGAUGUUUAGCUUUUCGCUUCGAUUACUAAUGAUCUUUUCCCUGGUGUUUAAUUACCUAAUAAUGAUUAUGAAAAGUUAGAAAAAGCCUUAAUUUAUUCAUGUUAAGAAUUAAAAUUAUAACCGGAAAAAAAUUUUCUUAAUAAAUGUAUUGAACUUUUCAACACUAUUAAUGUAAGACAUGGUAUUAUGGUUGUUGGGAAUGCUUUUUCAGGAAAAUCCUCUAUUACAACUAGUUUAUAAAAUGCUAUUAGUUCUUUAAAAGGAAUAGAUCAAUAUUUAAAUGUAUAAAGUUAGAAAAUAAAUCCUAAAUCUAUCACAAUUGAUUAAUUAUAUGGAAAAUUUGAUCCAGAUACUAAAACUUGGUCUGAUGGUGUAAUAUCUAUAAUAAUGAGAAAUUGUUUAUAAGAUACUGAAAAUUAAGAUCGAAAAUGGAUAAUUUUCGAUGGACCAGUAGAUGCUGUUUGGAUUGAAAAUAUGAACACAGUAUUAGAUGAUAAUAAGAAAUUAUGUUUAACUUCUGGAGAAAUUAUUAGAAUGACUAUUGGUAUGACCAUAAUUUUUGAAGUUUAAGAUUUAGCUUUAGCUUCCCCUGCUACUGUAAGUAGGUGUGGUAUGGUUUUUUUGGAACUCAAUUAAUUAGGCUGGAUUCCAUUGGGUUCACCUGAUAUAAUAAAUAAUUAUAAUUUAUAAUUAGAUAUAAAAUUCUAAUAUUAGCCGAGAAAAAUUAACUUAAAAAUACCUGAAAAAAAUACUGUAUUUGAUGUCUGUUAUGAUUCUAAAAAACUUAAAUGGAUAAACUGGACUUAAACAGUAGAAAAAUAAACAGUACCUAAAGGUGGUGAAUACUUAGAUGUAAUAGUUCCAACAAAUGAUUCAAUAAGAAAUAAUUAUUUCUUAAAUAAAUAUAUAUAAAAUAAAAUACAUAUGUUAAUAUGCGGACCGACAGGGACAGGUAAGACUAGUAAUAUAAUAAAAGAAUUACAAAACAAUUAUUUUAAUGCUGAAUACUCGAAUUUAUUUAUAUCUUUCUCAGGAUAAACCUAGGUGAAUUAAGUACAGAGAUUAAUCGAAUCAAAAGUAAAUAGUAGGAGAAGGAAAGGAGUUUUCGGGCCUGAAUAGGGUAAAAAAAACAUUGUUAUUUUUAUUGAUGAUUUAAAUAUGCCGGCUAAGGAAAUAUAUGGGGCAUAACCGCCUAUAGAACUUCUAAGAUAAUGGAUGGAUGAAGGUGGUUGGUAUGAUUUGGAAAAUAAAGACUGGAAAGUUCUUUAGGAUAUAAUUUUUGUGGCUGCAAUGCUACCUGGGGGACAAAAUGUAGUUACAGGAAGGUAUUUAAGGCAUUUUAAUUUACUUUAUGUUUAGCCUUUUGAUGAAGAGUCUUUAGUGAGAAUUUUUAGUUGCGUAAUGGAGUGGUAUUUUGGAUUAUAUUAAGGAAAUAUUUCUAAAGGAAUAGUUUAAAUGGGAGCAAAUAUUGUCAAAAGUACUAUUGAGUUGUAUAAUAAUAUUUAAAUUUCAAAGGAUUUAUUACCAACGCCUGCGAAGUCUCAUUAUAUUUAUAAUUUGAGAGAUAUUUCGAAGGUCUUUUAAGGCAUAUCGAAAGCUUGUCCUCGUAGUUUUUUAUUAGAAGAAAGUAAUGCCUUUAUAAAAUUGUGGGCGCAUGAAUGUAUGAGAGUAUUUUAAGACAGAUUAAUAAGUGUUUAGGACUAGAAUAUUUUCGAAGAAAUUCUAAAAUAAAUUGUACUCAAAAAUUUUAAAAAAGAAUGGAAUAGUCUAGUAUUGGUCCAGCCUUUGCUUUUCGCUUAGUUCAUCCCUAUAAUUUGCGAAGGAGAAAAAAGGCCUUUGUAGGAUGUUUAUUGCGAACUGACAAACAGAAAUGAAGUAGUGAGGAAAUGUUAUGAGUAUUUAAAUGAGUUUAAUAAUUACUUUUAAGACAAUAAGUUAAAUUUAGUACUUUUUAUGGGUGCUAUUUAGCAUAUUAUUAAAAUCUGUAGGGUAAUUAACAUUUCGUUUGGACAUGCUCUACUUAUAGGAGUAGGGGGUAGUGGAAGAAAAUCAUUGGCUUGUUUAGCAAGUUUUAUUUGUUUUUAAAAUGAAAGUAUGUAAGUAGAUGAGAAAAAUUGGGUUGAAGAGGUUUAAAAAGUAAUGAAAAUGGCAGGUUUAGAAAAUAGAAAUGUAGUUUUUAUGUUUUCGGAUAGUCAGAUUUUGAAAGAAAGUAUGUUGGAAGAAAUUUGUAAUAUUUUAAAUAACGGAGAAAUCCCGAAUUUAUUUCCAUAAGAAGAAAAAACUGAAAUCAUAGAAGAAAUUGGUCAGUCAUUUAAUGGAACUUCAAUUGAAAAAUUUAAUCAGUUCAUAAAAUAAUGCAAACAAUAUUUGCAUUUAGUAUUAACAUUUUCGCCUGUAGGGGAAGCUUUUAGAAGAAGACUGAGAACUUUUCCUUCACUAGUGAAUUGUACGACUAUAGACUGGUUUAUGGCUUGGACGGGGGAAGCUUUGAGGUCUACGGCUAGUAAUCAUUUCGAAAAAGUUAUGUAAAUAGAAAAAACGGAAGGUUUAGUAGAAAUUGCAGUGGAUAUGUAAAUCAGAAUUAGUGAAUUAAGUUAAAGGUAUUUAUAAGAAUUAAGGAUGUAUUAUUAUGUGACACCUUCUUCUUAUUUCGAAUUGUUGAAAAUUUUCUAAAAGCUAGUUGAGGAGAGAAAAAGGAAGAUUUUUGGUGUUAUUUAGAUGUAUGAAAUUGGUGUUAAUAAAAUUUUGUAAACGGAAAUGUAAGUUUAGGGCAUGUAAAGGGAUUUGGAGGAAUUAUAACCUUAACUAGUCGUGAAAACUGAAUAGAAUUAACAGAUGUUGAUAUAUUUGUAAUAGAAAUAGAAAGAAGCAGAUGAAAAAAUGGAAAUUUGUGAACUCGAAGAAAAAGAGUGUAAUGCAUAAAGGAAUAUUUCUAAUGCUUUAAAAUAAGAAUGUGAAUAGGAAUUGUAAAAAGUACUUCCUUUAUCAGCUAUAGCGGCUAAAUCCUUAGAUAAUAUAUCGAAAAAUGAUAUGACUACUUUAAAAUCAUUUACUAAACCGCCAGAAGCAGUCGCUAUUAUUAUGGAAGGAUUAUGUUAUGCAUUUGAUGAGGAUUAAUUUGUAAAGCUCGUACCUGUUGUGCCAGGGUCGACGGAGAAAAAGAAAGAUUUUUGGGAAUAUUCGAAAAAAAACUACUUACUGAUAAACUUAUUAAUAGAGUCAAAGAAUUUAAAGAAGAUAAAAUUAUAGGAAUCCCUUUGCAAAAAAUUGAAAAACUUAAACUUUUUUUAUUUAAUCCUCUUCUUGAAAAAGAUAAAGUCUUUAAUGCUUCUAAAGCAGCAGGAAAUUUAUUAUUAUGGAUAAAAGCUGUAGUAGAGACUUAUGAUGCACUUUUAGUUGUGGACCCUAAAAGAAAAUAACUGGAAGUUGCUUAGGCUUAACUAAAAUAAGCAGAAAGUGCAUUAGAUGAAAAGAAAAAAACAUUACAUGAAGUACUCGAUUUAUUAUAAUCUUUACAAAAAGCCUAUUAAUUAGCUCAAUAAGAAAAACAAAACUUAGAAGAGAAAGUAUAGAAAUGCAAAAUAUAACUUGAACGAGCUGGCACACUAAUAAAUGGAUUAAGUGGAGAAAAAAAUUCCUGGAAAUAAAAAGCUGAAACAAAUAAAAUUGAAGCUACAAGUAUUAUAGGAGAUUGCAUUUUGUGUGCUGGAAUUUUAGCUUAUUUAGGGGCUUUUCCGAUUGCUUAUAGAGAAGAGGCCAUUUAGGAAUGGUAGAAAUAACUAAAGGAAUUAGGUAUUUUACAUUCAAGUGAUUUUUCUAUAUAGAAUAUUUUAUGUAAUCCCAUUAUUAUAGGAUAAUUUCUAUAAAGAUGUGGCUAAAAGAGUCUCGAAUAUGUAUUUUGUUGUGCUUGAUUUGGCCCUUAUCGAAACUACUUAUUAAUGGUCAUUGGAAUUUUAUAUUAAUAUCUUCUUAAAGGCUAUUUAAAGCUUAGUGCCAGGAAAAAAUUAGAGGUGUUUGAAUAUUAUUAAUUAAUUCUAAAUUUUAAUGUAUGAAAGUAUUUGUACAAGUCUAUUUGAGAAAGAUAAACUUAUUUUCUCUUUGCUCAUGUGUAUUAAAAUUAUGGAAAUUGAAAAUAAAAUUACAAAAUAAUAAAUUAGAUUCAUGAUGUUAGGUGGAACAUAAACUGAAAAUGAGAAAAAACAACCAAAAAACAGUAAAAAAUGGUUAAGCUAAAAAACAUGGUCUUUUAUAUGCGAACUUUCUUAAAAAAUUGAUAUAUUUAGUGAAUUUGAUGAAGAUUUUGAAUAAAAUGAAUAAUAAUGGUACGAAAUUUAUAAAGCAGAUAAUUUAGACAAGCCUUUUCCAGGAAAAAUACCAAAUCGUUUAAAUGAAUUUUAAUAAUUAAUUAUAAUACGUAUUUUAUUCCCUGACAAAUUUACUUAAGGAAUCUAAAAAUUAAUAAUAAAUGAAAUGGGUGAAAAAUAUAUUCAACCUCCUCCUUUUAAUUUAAAAGCCGUUUUUUAAGAGUCUAAUUGUAUUACUCCUUUAAUAUUUAUUUUAAGUUCAGGGGCAGACCCGCGUUUGGAAAUAAUAAAAUUAGCCGACCAAAUAGGUUUUAAAGCUACCUUUAAUUAGAUUUCAUUAGGACAAGGUUAAGGUGAAUACACAGAAAAUUCUAUAAAGGAAGCGUUUGAGAAAGGGUAUUGGAUAUUAUUAUAAAAUUGCCAUUUAGCUUAAUCUUUUAUGCCUGAAUUAGAGAGAAUAUUAGAGACUCCAAUCUAAAAAAUACAUAAAGAUUUCCGAAUUUGGCUUACUUCGAUACCUUCGGAUGUUUUUCCUUCUUCUAUUUUAAUGAAGGGAAUAAAAAUUACUUUUGAACCACCUAGUGGGUUAAAAAAUAAUCUAUUAAGAAGCUUUUAAUAGUAGGAUUUUAGGAAAUUCGAAGAAUGUGUAAAAGUUCAUGAAUGGAAAAAAUUAUUUUUCGGUUUAGCCUUUUUCCAUGCCGUGAUUAUAGAAAGACGAAAAUAUGGACCUUUAGGAUGGAAUAUUCCGUAUGAAUUUACAUCGGCUGAUUUUGCGAUUUCUUAUUCCCAAUUGAAACUUUAUUUAAAUGAAUAGGAAAAUAUUCCAUGGGAAGCACUUAAUUAUAUGGUCGCGGAAGCCAAUUAUGGAGGAAGAGUGACAGAUCCGAAAGAUAGAAGAUUAAUAAAAGCUCUUUUAUAGGAUUUUUACUGCAAGAAUAUAUUAGAGGAAGGAUAUUUUUUUUCUUAAAAAAAUUAGAUUUAUUUUGCUCCAAGGGAGGGCAAUUUAAAUUUUUAUAAAAAAUAUAUUUAAGGUCUUCCAAGAAAUGAUACUGCAGAUAUUUUCGGUUUACAUUCGAAUGCUUAAAUAUCUUGCGCAAUUCUAGAAACUAAUUAUAUUUGUUAGAAUGUACUUUCUUUAUUACCGAGAGCUGGUUUAGGUGAAGGAGGAAAAAGCACUGAGUAGAUUAUUAAGGAAAAAUUGUAGAUUUUAUAAGACAAACUACCAAGUCUUUUUGACAUUGAGAAAGUCUAGUAAAUACAUCCAAUUAAAUAUGAAUAGUCAAUGAAUACAGUACUCAUUUAGGAACUUAUUAGGUUUAAUAAAUUACUUAAUACUGUAAAUUAAAGUCUAGUUGAUUUAGGUAAGGCUAUUGAUGGUCAUUUGGUAAUGUCAAAUGUUUUAGAAGAUGUUUUUAAUUGUGUUUUUGAUAAUAAAGUACCGGAUUUUUGGCACAAGGUGUCUUAUCCGAGUUUAAAGCCUUUAGGAUCAUGGAUAAACGAUUUUGUUUUGAGGCUUAAGGAAAUGUAGAGGUGGAUUGAUUAAGGUGCUCCGAAUUCAUUUUGGAUAUCAGGGUUUUUUUUUACUUAGUCUUUUUUAACUGGAAUUUUACAAAAUUAUUCAAGAAAAAAAAAAAUUCCUAUUGACACUCUGUCGUUUGAUUUUAAAGUUAUAUCUGAUCCAAAAAAGUAAAAUGUUGAUUUAGAGAAACGACCUGAAGAUGGGUGUUUCUUUUAUGGUUUAUAUCUAGAAGGAGCUGGUUGGGAUUUAGAUAAUGGGUAUAUUUGUGAAUCUUAAUAAAAAAUACUUUAUUAAUAUAUGCCACAUAUUUGGCUUAUUCCUACUGAUAAAAUAUAAAAUUAUGAACAUUAUAUUAAUGUUUAUGAAACACCUGUUUAUAAAACUAGUAAAAGAGCAGGUAAUUUAAGUACUACUGGACAUAGUACAAAUUAUGUUUUAAGUAUUUAUUUACCUAUUGAAAAAAGCAGUUUACCUAAUCAUUGGGUUAAAAGAGGAGUUGCUGCUUUAACUUAAUUAAAUGAUUGA